AUGGCGAAUGUGAGCGACAUGCACCCUUCGUCGUUCUUCAUCAACUGGGUGAACGCGGCCGCUACGAGUGCCCGGCUCCCAAAAAGCACUUGGGACCAGAUGUCGACUAGCCACAUCGCGGCCAUCAGGAACAACGACCACUUCGUCGCCUUUGACUCGGCCAGCCAGUCUGUACGAGUCGCUCCUCACUUGGCCAUGAUUCCCGUGUUCCACCCGGACCUCACAGACAGCGCCAACUACGGGGCCCUGGGCACGCUCCUGGGGACCGCGUCCGUUCAGCUGCUCAUCUCUAUGCUGUCGCGCAAGGAAUCUCCCCUGCUCGCCGAAGUUGCCAAAAGAAUGGACUGCUACGCCGAACCAGCGGCUCUGAAAAACAUGACUCUGUCCCGCGAGCGGCUCUACCUCGCCGCCUCGUUACCGCUUGUCUGGGAAGCGUACCAGAAUCGCAGGCUUCUCGGAGUUGGCGAUCAUCGAAAGCUGAAAGACUUCUCGAAUGAGAAGUCCUUCUUCGCGACGACCUGCUAUUUGCUGUGCGACGGCCGAGACGCGCCGGAAGCUGCAGAGUUCGCCUGCAACGCAGCCGUAAAGAACGUCAAGGCAUUCGCUGUCGCAUACGGCUGCGAAAAGCAAUCUCCUAUGCACCCUAGGCAGAGAUGCCAGCUGUUCAAAUAGGCAGGACCGGCGAGGAACUUAUCCGACCUGGAAUAAUUGCUCUAUCGGGGAAACAAUAUUCAAGUUGCGGGCGUCCUUGUUUCGUGUGUGAUGUCUCCUUCAGCGGCAUGUUAAGUCGGAAGGUUAAAUUAUAUAGAAUCAAGAACAUACGUUGACGCAUUACAACAAAUCUGUAAUAUAACG